AUGUUAGAGAAGAACGCAAAAGGUCUGGGCACUUUCAUUUGGGCUGAUGAAGUUGAUAUGGGCUAUAGCCAACAAGAUGCUAGGAACAAGCUAACUGAAGCAUCAUCAUCAGCAGAUAAGGGGCAAAGCUCCUUCUUCCCUCCCUGCCUCUCACUCCAAAUUGGCAAUUUCAAAAAACCUACCAUGCUUUCUGUAACAGCAAACACUCUCAAACCCUUCUCUUCUUUCAACCCCAACACCAACACCAACACCAACACCAAUCUCUUAUUAUUCUCCACUUCCUUCCUCAACCCACGCCCACCACCCCUCCUCUAUCCUAAACCUUCUUCUCUAAAGCCCAUCUCUGCCACUCUAACUCCCUCCUCAAGCUCCCAACAGCAGCAAGUGUACCAGCCAUUCCGCCCACCCCCAUCUCCAGUCCCCGCCAAGUUCCGCUCUCUAGACGCCAAUGGCCGCAUCGAAAUCCUCUCAAAUCGCCUCGGCCUCUGGUACGAAUUCGCCCCUCUAAUCCCGUCCUUACUCCAAGAAGGCUUCACGCCUCCCACCAUCGAAGAGGCUACUGGGAUUUCCGGUGUCGAGCAGAACCGCCUGGUGGUUGCGGCUCAGGUAAGAGACUCUUUAGUCCAAUCCAAGACUGACCCACAAAUUCUUGCGGAAUUUGACACCGGGGGUUCCGAGUUGUUGUAUGAAAUUCGGCUCCUGAGUGUCCAGCAGCGUGCAGCUGCAGCCCGUUACAUAAUUGAGAACAAGCUUGAUGCUAAGGGCUCCCAGGACCUGGCCCGUUCUAUGAAGGACUUUCCUCGCAGGAGAGGAGAGAAAGGGUGGGAGAGCUUUGAUUAUGCUCACCCUGGAGAUUGUCUAGGCUUUAUGUAUUAUAGGCAGGCUAGGGAGCACAAGAACCCCUCUGAACCCAGAACUGCUGCUUUAGAGCAGGCUCUGAAAGUUGCAUGGACUGAUAAGGCCAAAAAAAUAAUUUUGACAGAUUUGGAGGGGGCGAUUGAUGAGAAAGAAGGGAGAGAAGGGGAUGUUAUAGAUGCGGUUCGCGUUCCAGUUGUGAGAUUGAAGUUUGGGGAGGUGGCAGAGUCCAGUAAAGUUGUGAUUUUUCCGGUUUGUAGGGCAGAGGAGAAGGAUAAGGAGGUAUUGGAGGCACCAUGGGAAUGUAAUAGUGAGGGAGAGUUUGGUGUGGUGGUGGCAGAGAAGGGGUGGCAGAGGUGGGUGGUGUUGCCGGGAUGGGAGCCGGUGGUAGGUUUAGGAAAGGGGGCAGUGGUGGUGUCGUUUAGUGACGCGAGGGUUUUGCCUUGGAAGGUGAAUAAGUGGUACAAGGAGGAGCCUAUUCUGGUGGUGGCUGAUAGGAGCAAGAAGGAGGUGGCAGCUGAUGAUGGGUUUUAUUUGGCAGCAGUUGAGGGUGGGGGUUUGGGGUUUAAGGUUGUGAGGGGAUCCGCUUUGAAGGAAACUGGUGUGAAGGAGAGUUUAGGGACUGUGGUGAUGAUAGUGAGGCCACCAAGAGAUGACACAGACGAUCAAUUGAGCGAAGAGGAUUGGGAGUAA